AUGCCCGAGUACACAGAGAGUAGAGACUCUAUCAAGAAUAUCUGGGGCGAGCGCACUCCGUACAAGCACCAGUGGCCCACCCGCUGCGACAGCCAUCUGGUGGAUACCCCGGACACAUGGGUCCAGAGCGCUUGCGUGCUGUGCAGCAACGGCUGCGGCCUCGAUAUCGGAGUCAAGGAGGGUAAGGUUGUUGGCGUGCGCGGGCGAACCGUCGACCGGGUGAAUAAAGGGCGGCUUGGGCCAAAGGGCCUGAAUGGCUGGGUCUCGAUCAACCAUCCCGACCGUCUCACGCACCCGCUGAUCCGGCGCAAUGGCAAGCUAGAGCGCGCGAGCUGGGACGAGGCCAUGUCGUUGAUCGUGGAGCGGGCAAAGGAUAUCCAGACCCGGCUUACCAAUCAUGGCAUUGCUUUCUAUACAAGUGGCCAGUUGCUCCUGGAAGAGUAUUAUGUUCUCGCAAUGGUCGGGAAGGCCGGGCUGAAUACUUUGCAUAUGUGUGCAACCCUUAACCUGAGUCCAUCUUAUAGAUCUCAAGACGCUAAGCCUAUGAACAGGGACGGAAAUACUCGGCUAUGUACUGCAACGGCCGCUGCCAGUAUGCGUGAGUCGUUUGGCAGCGACGGCCAGCCGGGGUCCUAUGCAGACAUCGAUUAUACCGACUGCCUGUUCCUGGUCGGGCACAACAUGGCCGCCACACAGACGGUGCUAUGGACACGGGUUUUGGACAGGCUGGAAGGGCCCAAUCCACCUAAGCUCAUUGUCGUCGAUCCUCGAACGUCAGAUACAGCGAAGAAGGCGACUGUUCAUGUCAGGCCUAGACUCGGGACGAACGUGGCGCUCUUGAACGGGCUGCAGCACCUGAUCAUCAAGAACGGCUGGGUCAACGACCAGUAUGUGGCUUCACACGUCUGCGGGCUAGAAGAGCUCAAGAAGGUUGUCGAGAAGUAUACUCCUGAAUAUGUGGAAAAGAUUACCGGAGUGCCGGUAGCCCAGCUUCACGAGACUGCAGAAGCGCUGGCACUAUCCGGCAGUCUGCUCUCCACGGCCCUGCAGGGCGUCUACCAGUCUAACCAAGCCACCGCGGCGGCUUGCCAAAUCAACAACAUCAACCUCUUGCUUGGGCACAUCGGCAAGCCCGGCAGCGGAAUCCUGCAAAUGAAUGGGCAGCCCACAGCGCAGAACAACCGUGAGACCGGCUGCGACGGCGAGUUCCCAGGCUUUCGCAACCACCAGAACCCGAACCACAUAAGGGAUAUAGCGAGAGUCUGGAACAUCAAUUACGAGCAAGUACCGCACUGGAGCGAGCCGACGCAUAUUAUGAACAUGCUCAACUACAUCGAAAGCGGCUCCAUUGAAAUGUUCUGGGUGUCAGGCACCAACCCGCUUGUCAGCCUGCCUCACCUCUACCGCGUGCGCCAGCUGCUCACAAAACCCGACCUGUUUGUUGUUGUGCAGGAUCUCUUCCUCACAGAGACGGCAGCAAUCGCAGACGUCGUCCUCCCGGCUGCCCAAUGGGCCGAGAAGACCGGCUGCUUCACCAACGUCGAUCGCACGAUGCACCUGAGCCGCAAGGCCGUCGACCCGCCAGGAGAAGCUAAAGCUGAUCUCGACAUAUUCCUCGAUUUUGCGCAAAGGAUGGACUUUAGGAAUAGGGACGGGGGUCCGUUGAUCCCGUUCACGAAUCCCGAGGAGGUGUUUGAAGAAUGGAAGAAGAUGUCCUACGGGCGCCCCCUUGACUGCAGCGACCUCACGUAUGAGAAGUUGUCCGGCGGGUCUGGGAUCCAGUGGCCAUGUACAAAGGAGUACCCGUUUGGUAAGGAGCGGCUCUUCGACGAUGGCAAGUUCUUCACGGACACCGACUACUGUGAGAGCUACGGCCACGACCUGGAGACCGGGACGCCGCUGACGAAGGGGCAAUACGAGGCGAUGAAUCCCGCCGGACGCGCGAUAUUAAAGGCAGCGCAUUAUCGGAAGCCGUGGGAAUCGCCAGACGAGGAAUUUCCAUUUUACCUCUCGACAGGCCGGAACGUAUUCCAUUUCCACACCCGGACGAAGACAGGUCGCAGCAAGAGGCUGCAGAAUGCUGACAAGGAUGCCUGCCUUGUCAUCUGUCAGGCAGAUGCAGAUGAGCUCGGCGUCACGAAUGGGGAGAUGGUGAUUGUCAGAUCAAGGAGGGGCCAGGUUGAGCUGCCUGUAAAGACCGAGGGGAUCAGCAAGGGCCACGUCUUCAUUCCCUUUCAUUUCGGCUAUUGGGAUUCAAAGGAUCAGAGAGCCAGAGCAGCGAAUGAGCUCACCAUCGAACAAUGGGACCCGGUCUCCAAACAACCCAUGUUCAAGUCUGGCGCAGUACGGAUUGAAAAAUGCGUGCAGAAAGAGAACGAACCCCCCAUCUCGCGUGAGAGACAGAGCGAAGCUAUCCAGAACGUUGAGGCUAACAAGGCCAACGCCACGGAAACCCGCAAGGACGGGCAAGAUAGCCGCGUCCGCUGGCUGGAGAUGUGGCUCGGCGCAACGCAUGAGUCCCUCGAGAUGCUCCGCCAGAUCUACGAUAAGCUCAUCCCCCAGCUUGUCCAUGAUCUUGAGAUCCAGGCUGGACUAGGAGUUAUGCGCCGAAUCACGGCUGACAUCAUAGCCAAGCUCGAACCAAUCGUGCACCGGUACCACGAAAGCCGUGUCUAUGGACGAAGGGUCUGCGAGCGGCUUCGGAAGGCUCUGUUCCCGAUGGAAGACGACAAGGAUAAUUCAUACGAGACACUUAUUGUCCUCCAAUCGCUCGAGAUGUUCUUGACGUAUAUCGACGGGCACUUGACGGCAUUAUCGCCUGCGAGCCAGGCGCUAUGGGACCAGGAGUUUGUGGAUGCCGUUUCAUUUGCAGCACAGCAUAUUCAGAGGCAGAAAGCGUGGGUUAACACGCAUAUCAAAGUCAAGAGUCCGCAGACACUGCUUGUGCCUCAGAGGCCGCCAAUGGAAGUUGACGCUGAUCGUGAUGAGGAGGCGGCUGAGAAUGUGCUGGUUAGGGAGUUUUACUACUGA